AUGAAGCUUUGCAAAUAGUAGAUUAGUUUAAGAGGAGGAGGAUGUGGAACAACUAAAAUUGAACCAUAAUCAAUAUCUUUAUCAAAAUAUGUAGGAUUAUAAAAAUCUGAACUUUUGGGUAAUCUUAGAAAAUAUAGUAAAAUUAUAUCAGAUAAAUCCUCAACUGUUUUCGAUAAAACAUAAAGUGAUGAAGUGAUGUUAGCCAUAUAAUGGUUCAUUUCUAAUAAAGAAAAUUUUGAUAAAAUGUGCUAAAAUGAUAAAAUUGUUGUAUAAGCUUUUGAUAUGAUAUUGUAUUCUUUAGAUUAAUUAUUGAAACAAAUUUCAGUAUAUCUGAGAGCCUCAGGAUUUUUAUGUUUGUAAAUUUUGUAAAUUUGCAAUGAUCUAUUCAGAAUACUAUUCUCAUUUUUACUAAAAAAUUCAGAUCGUUUUAUUGAUGAUUCAUUUAAACAAUAAAUUCUAGAAUAUCUAACAGAAUUUGAAAAUAAUUUGAAAAUAGAAUCCUAAAACAUUUGGAUUACUGGAGCUGAGUUUGAAUUAAUAAUUAUGUAAAUAUGCGUUGAAAAUUGCAGAAGUAAUUCUUAAAAAGGUUAAGAAAUCUUAAUUAACUUUAUGUCUGGAUUAAUAUCUUCUUUUAUGUCAUUAUCACCAACAGAAGAUUUAAUAUAUUCAUUAAUUGAAGGUGGUAAAUUUAUAUUAACGGCACUUUAUAAGAAAAUUGAGAAUAGUAUUAAAUUAUACGAAAUUUAUUAUUUUUUUGAAACUUUAAAAUGGGUUAUCAUCAACUAAUUAAAAUAACAAUAAUUUUCUGUUAAAAGUCAAUUAAAUCAAUUAAUAGAUGGAUAUAAUAAAUAUAUAGCUAAUUCUAAAGAUUGGAUAAUCCAUUUUUGUUGGAUAAAACUUAUUACAGAUUUGCUUACUUAUCGACCUAUAAUUAAUAAAUUUGAUUUUUUCUAAAAUUAAGAUUCUCUUUAAUAAUAGUUAAAUUGGAAUAGAUUAAUACAAAGCAAAUUAAUAACUCUACAAUCAUAUAAUAGAAAUGAAGCAAAAAUUAAUUUAUUCUAUGAUUACUCAUAAAGUGCAAUUUUAAAAGAAUUUGAUAAUCAAUUUUAAGUUUUAGGUUUAAAUAAAAUUAGAUAAUUUUAAAAAUACUUAUUAGAACAAAAACUAUUAGGAAACUAAAAUAUAUGUGAAUUAUAUUGUUAAUUUACUUUUGAUUCCUAAAGCAAAACUAUCUCUUUUAAUACAUUUCUAAGUAAUUUAAAUAUAGAAAAAUGUUAGAAUACAUUAAAAGUUAUCCAUAAAACUCUUACAGAUUUUAAUAAUUUACAUUAAGAUUUUUAAUAAAACCUUAGUAUUUUAUAUGAUUAAAAGAGUUAAACUAAAAAUAAUAUUUAAUUACAAUAGGAACAUUGUGCAUCUCUUGCAUUUUAAUUAGAAUAAACUAACAAAUGCUUGGCAUUUCUUACAUUUGAGACAUAGUCGUAAUUAUUAAUUUUAGCUAAUAUUUGUUAAUUAAUAGAAUUUCAAUUUGAUACUACUACUACUAAAAAUUUAGAUGAAUAAAAUAAGUUAAUCAUAAGUUAAAUAUAAUCAAUUUUGAAUGGCUUUGGAGAUUAAUUUUAAUAACAUAUAAAUGAAUUUUAGUUAUAAAUAAUUCAAUAAAGUGAAAUUUUAAGUAGUUAUGAAAUAGAUUUCUAAACCUAAUAUAAUAAUUAAUUUUAAAUAAAUAAACAGCUAAAUAUUAGUAUAUUUACAACCACAAUUCUAAGAUUCAUAGAAUAUUCUUCUGAAAUUAUUAAUAACUUAAAAAAGGUUUUUGAAUUGUCUAAUUAAUUAAAUAAUAAUUUGUAAUCUGAUUAUAAAAGUACUCUAAAUAGUUUACUAAAUAAUAUGAUUAAUAGGCUAACUUCCAGAGAUUUUUUAACUAAUUAUUUAAAGAAUUCUUUAUCAAUAUUUUUUAAAAUUAAAUAAAAAUAAAAUUAGGCCUAAUUAUUACUGAUCGAUUCCAUAAAUAUUAAUUACAAUAUUUAGUAUCUAUUAGAUGGUAUAAUAUCUUAAAUCAAAAUUUAUGAAUAUUAAAUCUGUAAAGUUGAAUUUGGUUUAAGAUAAAUUAUUAUUUUAAGUAAGGAUGAAAUUAGAAAAGCAAAUAAGUAACCAUAAUACAAAGAUAUUCUAUUAAAAUAAGAACAUUUAUUAGAUGAAUUAUUUUAAGAAAAUAAAUUUUCGUAGUAAAUAAAUAAGGAGAAAUUAAAUAUUUUGAUGAAAUAAAUUAAUGCUGAUUUUGAUUAGUUGAAUAAUGCAAUGCCAUAAAAUGAAUUAAAAAAGGAUUUAAUGUAAUUUUUUAUGGACAUUUUAUCACUUUUAUUGUAGAUUUAAUUAUAAACAGAUAAUUUUGAAAAAUGUGAAUAAAAGCUUAAACAAUUAUAUACUGAUUAAAUAAAAUCAAUAGAUAUAUAGAGAUAUAAUAAUAGUUAAACAGAAUAGAAUAAUUUCCCUUAAUAAUAAAAGAAUUUGAUGCUACUCAAAGAUUUGAAAAGUUAUUUUUAGUAAAAGGUUUUUGAUUUUUAAGAACUUAUGUAGAAUUUAAGAGAAAUAAAUACAUUAUUAUUAAAUGCUUAAAAAAUAGAUGAUUAGAAUGUGAAAAUUAAUCAAGUAUAAAAAGAGGUUCUAGAAACCUUUGAGAGUAAACAUUAUAACAAAUUUAUUAAAGAUUUAGAAGAAAUGCAUAAUUUAAAAUAGACUUUGCUUUUAAUAACAAAAGAAUCAUUAAAAGAUGAAAUAAUUUAUUAUGUGAUUGAUAAAAUAUAUAAUUUUGAUGAAACUGUUUGUUUAUAAAGUGAAAUUGAAUUUGAUUUUGAUCCAUUUAUAUAAGAAUCAUAAGAAUAGAUUUAAAAAAUGAGUAGAUAGGAAAUGAAUAAUAAUUAAACAAGAUAAAUGGAUUAUAAAGUGAGAGAGUGUUUAGCUUUCAAUAUUAUUAAAAUGUAAUAAAUUAUUCAUGAAGAACCUUUAUAUAAUUUUAGUUAAAAUAUAAUUUAAUAACUUUGGAUUUUUGAAAUGGAUGAACGAGUAAAAGGAGUACUUAAAAAUAAAGAAAUGAUAGAAUUAUAAAAACGAUUAUUUUCAAAAGAUAUAAGAUCUGUAUCUGAAAAUUUAAAAUUGAUUAUUUAACAUAAAUUUGAUAAAAUAAAUUAGACAGAAUAAGAAUUAUAAUUAGAAAUAGAUUUAACAAAAAAAGAUAAACUUUAAAAGAAUUUAUUAAUUCUUAAUUAAGAAUUAGAAGAUUACGUAGAAGGUGUGAAUGAAAUGUCUUAAAAGAUGGAUAUUAAUUUUGUAUUUAUGAAAGAGAUUUAGAAGUAAUUACAUUUAAUUAAAGAGAGAGUUGAAAAGAUAUAAAACUAAAUAAAUUUAUUAAGUAAUGAUUUUGCCAGAUUGAUUGGUAAGAGUUAUGAAGAGUUAUUAGAAAUUAGAAAAUAAAAAGUAUUAAUAUUAAGGGAAGUUUCAGAAUUAAAUGAAGUAUAUAUAUAAUUAAAUAUAAUGACAGUAGAUCCUAUAACAGGAUAAGAAAUAAAAGGAUUAGAAUUAUAAUAAGAAAUUAAUGAUUUUUUAAAUAAUAAUGAUAAAUAAUAUGAUGUAAUGCUAAUAACAGGUAAAGCUGGAUCUGGAAAGAGUAAGGUUGCAGAAAGAAUAGAAGUUGAAUUGUGGUAAAAUCAUAAUAAUAAUGAAAAUUGGAUUCCAUUAUUUAUUUCUUUACCAACAAUUAAAUAACCUUAAUUUAAUAUUAUUGAUUAAGCAUUAGAGAAAGAAAAUUAUUAAUUUGAUAAGAUACAAAUUCAAGAAUUCAAAGAAGCUAUUAAAAAUAAGAAAUUAAAAGUAGUUAUAAUUUUAGAUAGUUAUGAUGAAAUGAGAUCAGAAUUCAUAUAUUCUAAUUUAUGUCAUUCAAAUAGAUUCAUCACUGAAUUUGGAUAAGAUGUUAUAAGUUCUAAUUUUAAAGUUAUCAUAUCAACAAGAAAGGAACUAUUAACUAUUAUGGGAUAUCAAACAUGGUUUUAUGGAAGUAGUUUAGAUAAGAUGAAAGAAAUUAUAUUAAUGAGUUUAAAUGAAGAUUAAAUUAAACAUUAUAUUAAAUAAUACUGUAUAUUCAGCAUUAAAAAAUAAAUAAUUACAUUAUAUGAAACAUAAUUAUCCUUAUUCAAAUAAUAAUUUAUAGCCAAAGAAUUUUUAUAAAUUUGGAAUUCCGUUUUUUAAUUUUUGAAAUCUGAAACCCAUUUUGAAAAUACUCAAGCUAAUUAAUUAUUAAGUCAUGAUGAAAUUAAAAAAUUAUAAAGAUAUUUAAAAUCUAAAUAUCCAUUCAAAUCUAUGAAUGAUAAUUUAUCUUAAUAAUUAUACUUAAAUCUUUAUAAUAUUUGGAGUAUUAAUAAAUAUUAAAAAGUUAUUUAUAAUUCUAAUCUUUAGAUACUUUUUAAUACACCAUUUAUAUUAAGUGUGAUUGUGUAAGUUUUGCCAAAUUUAUCAAAAUCUAAUAAAGAAACAUCUAUUAUUAAAGAUUUAUUUUUAGAAAACUUUAUGAAAAUUAAAUAAAAGUAAAUUUAAUCAGAGUAAAAGUUAAAUUAAUUUCGAAAUGGCAUCAUUUAAUAAGAAUAUAAUUAUAAGGAUAUAAAAGAUUUAGGAAUGAAAGUUCUAAUUAAUUUAGAGAAUCAAAAAUUUUUUAAUUUAUUUUCUGAUUCAAGUACAUUAGAGUUGAUAGAUGAUAAAUCAUUGAAGAUAGUAAAUUAAGUAUUUAAUGUAGAAGAUGACGCAGAAAUUGUUUAUGAAUCAUUAAAACAAAAGAAAUUUACUUCUUAUUAAUUUUAUGAAUCAUUUAUAAGUUAUUAUUAUGAUUAGUAAAUUGAUAAAUGGAAAAAAUUAGGUAGGGUUUAUAAUUUUGAGACAGUGAAAUUGGAUUUAUAAGAUUUUUCUUUAUCUUUAGCACUUGAUAUGACUAAAAAUUAAGUAACUUCAAUAGAAUAUAAGAAAAAAGGAGAAUUAAAAAUAAAAAAAGCACAUAAUUUAUCAUAAUUUUAGGAGGAAUGGUAGGAUCAAUACUUUAAUGAUUCUUAGGGAGAGAAAGAGUAUAAAGCAUUAUUAAGAAAUUCAAUGUUAAUAGUAUAAAGUGGUAGUAAUUAUUCAUUCAGUCAUACAUCAAUAUAGGAAUUUUAUGUAGCAAAAUACAUUAAUGAUUUUGUUAAAAGAGUAGAACUAAAUGGGGAUAGAAUAGGAUAAUUAAGAAAUAUGAAUUAAGAUUAAUAAUAUUAAUUAGAGAGAAUAGAAUAUAGUUUAUUUAAUUAGAGUUAAUUUAAUAUAGUAUAUGAACAUUUUUAAGGGUGCUUAAAUAUAUUAAAGAAUGAAAUAUUAUAAAUUUAGUAAUUAAGAUAGAGAUUGAUAUAAUUAGUAAGAUUAUCAGGAAUAGUUCCUAAAUUAGAGAGAGUUUCAUCAAAUAGUAUAUAUUUAUUAAGUGUUUUAAAUUUGAAUUUGAGAGAUGAAGAUUUGAGUAAUAUAAAUUUAUCAGAUACAAAGUUAUAUGGUGUAAAUUUGUAUAAUAGUAAUAUGUAGAAUUCAAAGUUAAAUAAUGUAUCUAUAGAUAGUUGUAAUUUGAAUAGAGUAAAUUUAAGUAAUGUAGAGUGGAAGAAUAUUGUAUGUAAGGAGAGACCAAUAUUUAAAGGACAUAAAGAUUAUAUUAGAUCAAUAGUAAUAUAAUCAGAAGGUAAAUUAUUGAUAUCAGGAGGAGAUGAUAACAUAAUAAUAGUUUGGAAUAUAGAGACAUGCUAAUAAUAAUUGAUACUAGAGGGACAUACUGAUAUUAUUAGAUCAAUUAGUAUUGCAGAUGAUAAUUAAAUAUUAGCAUCAGGUAGUAAUGAUAAAACAAUAAGAUUAUGGUAAGUUAAAAGUGGUAAAUAGAUGGAAAUAUUAGAGGGUCAUGAAGAUAGUGUAAUAUGUGUUGUAUUUGGAUAAGAUAAAAGUAUAAUAAUAUCUGGAAGUUAAGAUAAUCAAAUUAGAAUAUGGAAUAUCAAAUCUAGAUAAAUUAUAAGUAUUUUGGAAGGACAUAAUAAAACAGUAACAUAAUUAUUAUUAUACAAUAAUGGCAAAAGAUUAAUAUCAAGUAGUGAAGAUAAAAGUAUUAUUAUAUGGGAUGUAAUAAAUAGAAAUAAAUGUGAAUAAUUAUAAACUGAGAGUGAAAUACUUUCAAUAUCUAUACAUCCAGAUGAGUAAUUAUUAAGUUAUGGAAAUAAGGAUGGUAGAAUAAUUAUAUUUAAUAUAUAAGAGAUUAAAUAAAUGAGUAUAUUAGAUGGACAUAAUAGAUAAGUAAAUUGUUUAGGAUUUAAUAGAAAUGGUUAAAUAUUAGCAUCCGGUUCAGAUGA